UGAAUUUAUGCUUGCACUAAUCUGAAUGUUUGGGGGAAAAUCAAACGCAUUUUACUCGCAGUACUCGAACUGACUUACCUUUGUUUGAAUGACGGCGUAUUUACAACGUGGAGUCUUAAAAAUAGCCACCAUUGGUGUAUUGGAUAUGCCCCUCCAGACAUUUAUAAUGCAAAACUGGUUCGAUGUGUAUGCGCUGACUCCACAUGUACGAAAACAUAUCAGGCAAGUCGGUUGGUCUUCACGGUUUCUUCUCCACUGCUGUAAUUUCAUCCAUUUCCAAUACACGCUAUUUUUUGCAAGUACCGUCUCUUUGCAUCCGGACCCAAUCGUACUCUAUAAAGUCCUUUUUCUUUUGAGAUGCCUUUAAGUAUGGUUCGUAGCAAUCUUCCUUCCAUUACAGUGUUUGUUUUGAUUCGUGGCCUGCGAAAAUGAUGCCACGCUCCCACAAUGCAUUGCGGCCUGACGUAUUCUCCAAAGCCCUAUAACUGAUAUUAUAAGUCUCAAAUUUUACGUUUGAGACGUAUAAAACAGUAAUGAUAAAUCCAUAAUUAAAAUUAGAGGAGUUCACCCAAAAAACAAUAACAAAAAAAAAAAAAAAAAUGUGAACCGAGCACAAAACCAACACAAGGUAGUCCAAUCACGAAACACAACAAUUGUAGUUAGCCAAUCGGGGCGGGUGGUAACAGAUUACAUCACAAGUUGUAUCGGCGGGAACCCAAGUUGAUCUUUCUGAAGAGACUUCGAGAGACCCCGACACCUCUUAUUGCUCUUAGGAACUUUAUAAAACAAUGGCAUUAACGAAACUUCUUAACAACCGCCCGGACACUCCAUACUUCCGGCCACCCCCACUGCAUUUCAGAAUUUUGAAUUCCUGUGACCAGCAGAAGGUGAUCAGCUGGGACUUUAAAGAUGAGACCGCUAAAGCUCUCAUAACAAAAAGAAACAAAGUCAUAGCUAUCACUGAUGGGGAAAGUGUGACCAAGGUCACAAUUUUUGAGGAAUUUGCCUCAAAGGUCCAGCAGGGGGGGUCCUUUAUAAUGAGAGGCUAUGAACUCAGGGGCACAGUGCCCCCUUUCUCCAUUAAUGUUACAGGUCAGACCCAGUUUUUUAGGGCUCCCACACUGAAUGUAAAGGAAGACCUUUACAAACAAGCUGAUGAACUCCUCCAUCCUCCUGCUCCCCUCACGCCUCUGAAGAUGAGUUCAGCCAGGUGCGGCCUCAUCACAGCACAAGGGGAGGUGGUGGAGUUUUCUGCUGUAAAGCAAGUGAAGGUGGGGAAACAUUAUGUUCCCCUUAAACAUAUCCAGCUGAAGGAGGAUGGUUUUACGAUGACAGUCUGCCUCUGGAGGGAGGCAGCCAUUUGCAACUUCAACGUGGGAGACCACAUCACUCUCUCCCACUUGAAGCGGAGUCAGUCCUCUUAUGGCAUACAGCUGCAAAGCACGGCACUGACAAAGAUUGAGGCAAAAGUUGAGGAGACGGCUGACAUCCUUAUCAUUGGCGUGGCCAUAACAGACGUGCAGAACCAGCUGGAGGUGUUGCUGGAGGAUGGAAAGAGCCUAUACAUUCAAAGUGAGCUGUGGAGUCCCUUUGACAAGGAACUGGAGGAGGCAGCAAUCAAAGUUACUGUUAAAAUAAAGGGAAAGGAAAUUGUACAUAUUCAAAAAUAUCAGUGCGAAUAA